AUGGCCGCCGCAGAACAAUACCUCCAGCUGGCCAAGGCUUUGCCCCAGCAGCUUCAACGCUUCUUCGCCCGCUGGCCACCCGCUGCGAUUUUGCCCGCUGGCGCGACGCCCUCGAAGACGGGCUUCCAGGAGAUCACACCGAACCCCUUCUCGCCGCAGAAGCACGCCGUCACGGGCAAGUGGCACGACCCUGUCUACUCGCUGCGCCGCCAGGCAGAGAUCGUCAAGCUCGCGCGCCAGCACGGCGUCGAAGAGUUGCUGCCGCCGACAGUGAAGGGUACCGAGUACAGGAUUGCCCACCGCGUUGAGCACGGUCUCCGGGUCAAGGGUACCGGUGUGGGACAGAAGGUCAAGGGAAAGAUCCACGAGAGGAUGGUGCAGCCCAGAAUGGAGAAGAGGAGAGAGGCUAUGCUUGCGAUGCCGAAGUUGAUCAAGGAGUGGAAGAAGGUUGGAAAGCGAAACUGGACAAGGUUCCCCAAAUAA